AUUUCCACCAAGCUGCUGAUGGCAUCCAAGAACAACAGAGGCAAGAACAAGCAGGAAAGAAUCUGGGAACUACCAAAAAAGGAAUUGGUCCAGUAUAUUCUUCGAAGGCAGCUCGAAGUGGACUCAGAAUGUGUGAUCUUGUUUCUGAUUUUGAUGACUUUUCUGAGAGGUUCAAAGUGUUAGCCAAUCAGUACAAAGCAAUAUAUCCUACCUUAAAGAUAGAUAUUGAAGGGGAAUUGGAAAAGCUGAAGGGCUACAUGGAAAAAGUAAAACCAAUGGUAAGGGAUGGUGUUUAUUUCAUGUAUGAGGCUUUACAUGGACCACCAAAGAAGAUCUUAGUUGAAGGUGCAAAUGCAGCACUGCUGGACAUAGAUUUUGGCACAUACCCUUUUGUGACUUCAUCAAACUGCACAGUUGGAGGUGUGUGCACAGGUCUGGGCAUGCCACCACAGAAUGUCGGGGAAGUGUACGGGGUUGUGAAGGCCUACACAACCAGAGUUGGAAUUGGUGCCUUUCCUACAGAGCAGGAUAAUGAAAUUGGAGAAUUGCUGCAACAGAGAGGCAAAGAGUUUGGUGUUACCACUGGUAGGAAGAGAAGAUGUGGCUGGCUGGACCUUGUCUCACUCCGAUACGUCUAUAUGAUUAAUGGCUUUACUGCAUUGGCACUUACCAAAUUGGAUAUCUUGGAUGUAUUUCCAGAAAUUAAAAUCGGUGUUGCAUACAAAUUAGAUGGUGAAAUCAUACCUCAUUUUCCUGCCAGCCACGAAGUCUUAAACAAAGUAGAGGUUCAGUAUGAGACACUCCCAGGAUGGGUUACGGACAUAUCAAAUGCCAGGACGUUUGAUGAGCUGCCUGUAAAUGCACAGAAUUAUGUUCGUUUUAUAGAAAUGGAGUUGGGUGUUCCUGUUAAAUGGAUUGGAGUAGGGAAAUCCAGGGAAUCAAUGAUCCAGCUGUUUUAAAGAUUUCAGAUGCAUGGAAGAAAGCACACUCCUCAAAAGACUGCUCAUUCUUAAAUGCAUUAGUAGCCCGCAAAGCAAAGAUGUUGGAAAGAUAGAUUUUUGCAUGGGAAGAAGUGCUAGAGUUGAUACCCCCAGAUCAAUUGCUACUCCUGAAAGAGACUCUUAAUAUGAAUCUGUAUCAAUUCCUGUUCAACUGCAAUUACCAGGACACUUGUCAUUGUUGUUCAAGGUGCCAUCAGAUUUUUUUUUCUUUACCUAAUAUUUACUUCAUAAUGUAAUUCCUGUUGGAAAAUCUAAGGUAGCAUUGCUUUCAUAACUGUUUGUCUUUGUUAUCCUCUCUCUGCUUUUGGCGGUGUUACUUCCCUGAAAUUUUAGACAGUAAAAAUAAUGCAGUUUUGCACAGAUAGUUUUACAUCCUCAUUAUUUGUAUUCCUAAAGCUGUUGUAUUCGUAAUGACUGCUCUUGUGAGUGAUUAAAGAGGGGGAGUCUGAUUUUAUAAUGCUAUAAAUGCUGUCUAAAUUAUUGUGUGAUCUCUUUUUUAAAAGAAGAUGUGAUGCCAAGUUGUUAUGAAUGUCCAGGUUUUUUUAGCUGUAAAACACAGGAAACUUACUCUUUGUAACUCACGGAGGAUACUCAAGUGUUUACCAGGAAGUGUGCCCACGAAGUUAGAAAAAUGAUAUUGUAAAAAUUUCAUUUGCAGUUAUUAAAGAACCAUUCUGAUUUUGAGUUAAAUGUUUUAUAAUGUUACUCUUUCUUUUCAUAGCAUUUUAAAAACUCUGUGCUUCUCUGCUUCCAAGGCGCAUAUCUUAAACUGUUCCCCUAAUUAAAUGGGGUUAUAUUUAUAUUUUGUGAGAAGUCUAACAUUUUGAUGCCCUUUUAAAUUCUUUCCUUCACAGUCAAUUGCAAAUCCUUCUCUGGAGGGUUGCCAAAGUGCAGACACUUCUGUAUUUAUAAAUUGAAGAUGCUUUAGAAAUAACAUUUAAUGUAUUCCCAAGUAUUUGCUUUGGGUGUGGGGUAAAUAACAAGCGUUCACCUCAAGACAUCUGACAUAUUAUUGUUGGGAAAUGUGGAAAUGUUCUAGAACUAUUUAAAUUUAUAACUAUUAUUAUCUCUUCCAAAGAAUCUGAUUUCUUUUGGCAGCAACCCAGUAAUUACAUUUUCCCUUUCCAGAUUAUUGAGAAUGACUGUUUUUACACACUGUGCUAUGGUGUUUGUGUGCUUCCUUUUCACUUCAAAUAAAACUUACUUUGUUUCUUAAACCCAAGUUUGUAUCAGGGUGGGGCAACAGUUUUAGAUUUAGUUUAGUAGAUUUUGGUUGCAUAUAAAAAUAUAUGAAUGAAUAUAAGAAACUUCUAACGGAAAAUAAAAAAUAUGAGGCCUUUUUGUUUGUCUUGAGUAACCACAUGUUGCCUGAAAUGGAAUAAUUUGUACUCUGAAUUGACACAAAAUAAAAUUGCUUAUCCUACAAGGAGAGACAGGAGGGGGUUGAAGGAUAAAAUUAUUGAUUUUUAAGGAACAUUUUUUAUUGAAU